ACUUUAGAUGUAAAGAUUAAAAGAAGGUUGAAGAAUUAGGGAUUUUGAAUAAAAAAAAUAAUUCUAACUUAAGGAAUUAAGGAGUUAGAUCACUGGUGGGUGCGCAUACACUGCGGAGUUGAGUUUCCGAGCUGAGGAUAAAACGCCCAAGAAUUGGUCUCACUUGCACUUUGGAAUUGCUGUUAUCUCGAAAUUUCUUCACUCUUCACUGAUCUUUCAUAACAACGAUGGUAGAAGGAAGUGUGAGUGAGUCGGAAAGAUGUGAUUGGGACUCCAGGGAUUCAGAAGAAAAUGAUGAUGUCGAAUGUGAGGACAACAGAAGGUCAUUGGAAGGAGGUGAAGUUCUUGAACCAUAUGUCGGCAUGGAAUUUGAAUCAGAAGAUGAUGCGAGGAGAUUUUACACCGACUAUGCCAGGAGGGUAGGAUUUGUGGUACGUAUUAUGCAACGCCGGCGUUCUGAGAUUGAUGGUAGAACUCUUGCUCGCCGACUUGGAUGUAACAAGCAGGGCUUUUCUCCUAAUGCAAAAGGCAAAAUUGGCCCAGAAAAAAAGCCACGGCCUAGUGCACGUGAAGGUUGCAAGGCAACAAUACUGUUUAAGCUUGAGAAGUCGGGGAAGUGGGUAGUUACAAGAUUUGUCAAGGAUCAUAACCACCCUCUAAUUGCCACUGCUCAGGAAUACACAGAUGUGCGUGACAAGGAUAAGAAAAUCCAAGAACUCGCCAGAGAGCUUCAGAGGCAGGAAGAACUAUGUGCAGCAUAUAGAGAAAGAUUAAUUAAUCUUCUUGCAAAUGUCGAGAAGCAAACUGACAGUUUAUCCAUGAAAGUUCUAGCAGUUGUCGAAAAUGUGAAGGAAGCAGAGGCUGCAGCACUCAAUGAAGCACUAACAUUGUCAGCAAUAUAGGUAGUAACCUCAUAAUAGACAGUGCCAUUGUGGUGCAAUGUUAAUUUUAGUAUGGUGAGCUUUAAGUUGCUCUAUCCUUUCUGCACCAACCUGAAACUACCAGAAUGAUAUAUAUCACCAGGAUGUAGCUCUUCAUUCUAACAUCCAGAAGAGUAAAAAACGACCCUCUCAAUCAGCUUCUUGUCAAGAACUGAUGGAAGGGGGAUCCAUGAAAGCACUGCAGAUUUAUGUAUAGUGAUGCUUGAAUUCUGUAGGAUAAUAGGAUAUUAAUGAUGUUGAAACCAAUACCUUGUGCACAAAGUUGUGUGGCUUUUCCUCAACUGUUUGUGUUCUAUCUCAUAUCUGAUAAAAAGAAACCGUCUUAUCAGCUAAUACAUCUCGCUUCUAUUAUGUAUCAUAAUAAGUUCUUUCUUUCCUUUCUUGUUUUCUCUCUGGAUGUAAGAGAUGUUAUCUUGGACAGAAGAUGCACAGUGGCAACUGAAAUGUUAUAAUAUUGAGUUAA